AUGGAAGCUUUCAACCUUACCUAUUCUGACCCUUCAACAUUCACCCUAACAGGCUUCCCUGGCCUGGAAGCUGCUCAUGUCUGGAUUUCCAUCCCUUUCUCUACAUUCUACAUUAUCGGUCUGUUGGGAAAUUUCAUGCUUCUGUAUGUUGUAGGUAAGGAGCAGACCCUGCACAAGCCGAUGUACCUGCUGCUCUGCAUGCUGGCGCUCACAGACAUCGCCACACCUACCUUCGUCGUGCCAAAGGCGCUGGGCAUAUUUUGGUUCAAUUUGAAAGGCAUUACUAUGGCUGGCUGCCUCACCCAGAUGUUCUUCCUUCACAUGGUUUCUGUUAUGCACUCAGCCACCCUCGUGACAAUGGCCUUUGAUCGUUAUGUUGCCAUAUGUAACCCUCUGAGAUACCUCACCAUCCUCACCAACACACGAAUAGCUAAGCUCGGGCUUGUGGGUUUGAUAAGAGCUGUUCUCUUCAUUCUGCCUCUGCCCCUGCUCCUGAGCAGACAGCCAUUCUGUGCCAACCGCAUUAUCACCCACACGCAAUGCGAGCACAUAGCUGUGGCAAAGAUGGUAUGUGGGGACAUCACAGUCACCAGGAUAUAUGGCUUGGUGCUAAUGUUUGUAAUCAAUGGGUUUGACCUGACACUCAUUGCCCUGUCCUAUGGUCUGAUUAUCAAGGCCAUUCUCAGAAUCUCCUCUAAGAAUGCCCACCAAAAAGCCCUCAACACCUGCACAGCCCACAUCUGUGUGAUGCUGACAUAUUAUACCCCUAGCCUCUUCUCCAACCUGACACAUCCGUUCAGUCAAGGCAUUGCUCCCCACAUUCGCAUCAUCUUGGCCGACCUCUAUCUCCUCAUUCCUCCUAUGCUCAACCCUAUCAUUUAUGGAGUCAAAACUAAAGAGCUUCGUGACAAAGUAGGCAAAUACACCUGCUGCAGAGGUGAUCUCCUGGGGCCACUGACUUGA